AUGAAUCCCUACGCAAAUCGCUGGCCUAACGACUGGCACCAAGGACAAUACAACCCCCAUGUAUAUGUCCCCCCCUCGUACCAGCCAUAUCAACAAACAGGAUGGCAUGGAUUCAACUUACCAAAAUCAAAAUGGCCCAGUCUCAACCCCACUCUUGCAUCAGACAUGACCUACGUGCGCUACGAUAUCCGCCAGCCCGCUCGGGAAGGGAUCAUGCUAUCUACAUGGCAACAAAUCAGCCACGUUCCAGCAUUCGUAGCGCCCACGUACGAGAUCCUCAUCAUCUCGAAGGCAUUCCCUUGGUCAAUCGUCAUCCGUGCGCCUGCUGGGUCUGUAAUCACAUGCGGCGCGAUCUUUGAUGGAUUGCAUGAACUGCUACAAAAGCCGAUUGAAGACUCGGAGUGGGCAAUCGUGGCUCUUGAUAAGACACGACGGGAAACAAUCGAGAAAGCUGCGAAGUCGAGGCAAGAGAAGGACAAGGAUAAACGACUGAAGAGAAUUGACUGGCUGGGGGAUACGCCGAUGUUUAAGGGGCUGGAGAAAGACGAGGAAUUUGAGAAAAAGAGACAUUUACCCGGAAGUACGAAUGUCGCGGAGACAUGGGUGGUGAGAUUUGGGAAACCAUGA